AUGGUCGCACUUCUACCGAAAGUCUGCACUCUCAAGUACCACAUUCUCACUUUCCGCCUCAACCGCGCAAAGUCACCUUUGACUUCGCUCACCGGUGAUGGCGAAGCGUUCUGGUACUCGAACUCGCAACAGGCGUCGCGACCCAGACUCGAUGGAGAGAAAUUGCUUCUCGGUCUACUGUUCUCAAGUUUGGAUGCCUCAAUCGUCAGCACCUCACUCGUUUCGAUUUCCUUGGAUAUGAACGAUUUCCUGAACUCCCCCUGGGUAGCGCUAUCCUACCUGCUCGCGUAUCUGGGGUUUGCGGUUUGCUUUGCCAAAGCGAGCGAUAUCUACGGUCGACGAAAUCUUCUCAUUGCUGCCUGGAUCCUCUUUGCCGGGUUUUCUGUUGGUUGUGGUCUGGCAGGAGAUAUGCACUCACUGAUUGUGUUCCGGGCGUUCCAGGGCAUUGGUGGAUCUGGACUGUACAGUCUAGCCCAGAUUGUGCUGUAUGAGGUUGGCCCUUCGGACAAACCGAGCCUUUUGGGAGCUCUUAUCGGCAUGACGCUGGCAGUGUCUUUUGUUUUAGGGCCGGUUCUUGGCGGAACCAUCUCCCACCUUGCAUCCUGGAGAUGGAUUUUCCUUAUAAAUGCCCCUUGCGGGAUCAUAGCCCUUAUUGGCCUCUUUUCUGCCUGGCCCCAGACGAGAACACAACAACUCGGUCCAAGUGAAAUUUUCAGGAAAGUUGAUCUGUUGGGCAACCUUCUCAUAAUGUUGGGUUCGAGCCUUCUGGUCUUCUCGCUUCAACAAGCUGGAUCUUAUAAUUUGUCAUGGAGGAAUCCAGCUAUCAUUGCAACCCUGUCAGUAGCUGCCACCAGUUGGGCCGGGUUCGUCGCGUGGGAAAUAUGGCUAGGACGGAGGCGCCACCCGCUCGUCUACCCAGUGUUCCCAAUUCGGCUCAUCAAGCAACGGGCUUAUAUGGCAUCCCUCGUAUGCACUUUCUUCGCCGGUUUCACCUAUCUGUCGAUCAUCAUUAUUCUUCCCGAGCGGUUUCAAAUUGUCAAUGGCAACAAUUCAUUGAUGGGUGGGUUGCAUCUACUGCCAAUGCUAGGCGCAUGUGCGUUUGGAUCGUUCCUUGCUGGAGCGCUUUCAUCAAAACGAAAUAACACCUCCUUGACACUUAUUACCGCGUCUUGCCUUCAGUUGCUAGGGAUCGGUCUUCUAUCUACGUUAUCUGAUGCCUUCACCGCCAUAGACGCCCAGUAUGGAUAUCAGGCGAUAAUCGGGCUUGGAGUUGGGUUGUCGUUUGCUGCUACAACAAUUCUUACUUCAGUGCGUUCGGAAGCUGAAGAUCUUGCCGUGGCACAGGGUGCUGUUGCUCAAUCUCGAAUAUUCGGCGGCGCGGUCGGGAUCGCAAUUUGCAUGAUUAUAUUCAACAACCAAGUUCAGAACGAUCUUGGCGCGAGAUUGGGUCCAGAAGAUCUAAGUGCUCUCCGCCACAACCCGGUGGUAUCAACAUACUUUCCAGUGGACACUCAAUUACUCAUUCGUGAAACCUACGCAAGAGCCUUCACGAGUGAUGUUAGACUUCUCAUCGGUGCAUCGUCACUCGGACUGGUUGCCAGCCUAUUUGCAUUUGAACUCCAUCCGCCCCCAAUGCGCUCUGGUGGGGAAUCGAAGGAACUACUAGUGCUAGGGCCUGGGUUCGAACAGAGCGAAACCGAACUCGAUGAGAUAGCUAGCACCCAUCGAUUGAAAGUAUCUACCGGGAAUACGGGACGGACGACUUACGACAAUGGUCAUUGA